AUGGACGAGAAAGAUUUGCCUCUUCCGGAUUCAGUUGUGCAGAAACCGCAUAAUGUUAUUUCUGGCAGCACAAAGGCAGCUAGUCCGAAAAAACGUUCAGCAACUGUAAUUCCUUUAACUGUGAAUCUUGGACCGGAUACCAAUACACCAACCAAGAUCACGCCGCUUCCCAGCAAGAUACCUCAGCCAAAUCCGCCUAGCAAAAGGGAUACUCCCGCUGCCACCUUGCUUGUACAUAAGCCGACCAUACUGCCGAACAGCCCAUUAACGAAGACGACAUCUACCGCGCAGACGCUGACCUCGCCGCGAUCUCCUACCGUUACGACUAUCCCGUUACGACCUUUGACGACAGCCAAGAAUAGACCAACUGUGGUCGUGCUUUCGCCACAGAAUGUUUCGAACUUUGUUAAGAAAUCACAAAGCAAUGAGGCUGGGGCCAGUAAUUUGUCCUCGAUUUCCGAUGACGCCGCGACGGCUAGACUUCCAUCGCCAACCACAGCAAGGUUGUCUUCAUCGUUCCAGCCCAGAAGCGUUGAAGAAGCCGCAAACGCAGCGAUAGCAGCCACGAAACUGCCACAGAAACCGAAGGAUCCCAAUGAAAUUAUCUCUGCCACAGAAAAGGCACUAAAAACGUCUGCAACGAUAUUGCCGAAAAAAUGA